AUGACCAAACGCAGCGUUUCAAGGAGGCUAGUUACCUGUUUUGCCUCCCCUAGGCUCUCCUUUAACGUCUUGUGCCUCGUUGUCACAAUAUUUGUUCUUGUUCAAAUCUGGUCAUUUCACAUUACCAACAACUCACUCCUUCCUUCACUAUUCACAUAUCUGAAUCAGCAAAACGAGACGGCUUACCUGGUGGAGAAGCUACGUGAGUCGGUAACAUUUCUUCCCCUUAAAGACCUUCGUUAUGCAAAUAAACCCCUCGUAGGUCAUACAUGGUUUAUGAGCUCUCUCUACGAUAACCAAACCAAAGGUGAGGUUCAGUAUCAAGAAUUUCCUUCGGAUUCUUCGAAAGGAAAGCUUUUGUGCUUGAAAGGGGUUGAUGAUCACGAUGGUUCAUGGAACUACUAUGCACUGGCUUGGCCUCAAGCUCUUCCGGUCAAUGCCACUCUCCUGGAGGGGUUGACGUUUGUUUCCUAUAAUCACUACGAUUACGGUAACAUGUGGCAUGGACUGUCCGCCAUGGUCCCUUUUAUUGCUUGGAGCUUAAGAAACAAAUGCGAAAAGCCUCAAAGAUGGGUUUUAUACCAUUGGGGUGAACUCAGGUUCAAGAUGGGGAAUUGGUUGAGCAAGAUAAUCACAGCGAGUUACGAUCAGAACACCGAGUUCUUACGUUUUGUUGAUGAGGACAAGCCGGUUUGCUUCGAGAAGGCGGUUGUUAUGAGACACAACGAAGGUGGAAUGUCAAGGGAGAGAAGAAUGGAAGUGUUUGAUCUCAUUAGAUGCAAAGCGAGAAGAUACUGUAACAUAAGCUUGUCUGAGACAUCAGAACCGAGAAUCGGUAUGACAUUGCUGAUGAGAACCGGAGCAAGAUCGUUCAAAAAUGAGUCAGCGGUGAUCAAUGUCUUUAACAGAGAGUGUAAAAGUGUAGAAGGGUGUGAAAUGAAGGUUUCUUAUUCAGAUAAUCUAACAUUUUGUGAACAAGUGGAGCUGAUGAGAAUGACUGAUGUGUUAGUAUCACCACAUGGUGCACAGCUUACUAAUUUGGUUCUAAUGGAUAGGAACAGUAGCGUGAUGGAGUUUUUACCUAAAGGAUGGGUUAAGCUUGCAGGAGUUGGACAACUUGUGUACCAAUGGGGAGCCAACUGGUCAGGAAUGAAACACGAAGGCACGUGGCAUGAUCCGGUUGGGGAAAUAUGUCAGUUUCCCGAUACAGAUAGGCGAUGUAUGUCGGUCUACAAGAACGGUAAGAUCGGAUACAAUGAGACUUACUUUGGCGAAUGGGCGAGAAGCGUUUUGGGUAAGAUUAGAGUAAGAGAGAUGAAAGAUGUUGUGGAACGCAACCACGGUCAUGGCACGUUAGAUGGAUGUCAGUGUUAA